AUGGCCACUACACACUUGCUCCGUCCUUGCGCACUCCAGCGGGCAACAGCGCCCUUCCAGCGGACGACACAAAGUUCGACUGCUCUCAUUGGGUCCAGUCCUGCGCACGCGGCUGGGCCGGGCCUCAACCGCUAUAUACGCCGCAAAACCCUUGAUCCGCUGGAGACUUAUGUUCCUCUUGUCUUGGAGGCGCGCGGUGUGCUUUCACAAGCCAAGUCCCUCGCGGCGAAGGAUGUCGGCGCAGCACGCGAACUUCUCCGCCAAGGUCCUUUCAGCGGCCUGCGGGACAACAUUCGUGCCAUCGGGGAGUAUGCGGCGCGGGACGGGCGCACAACCGAGGUCGGCCCUCUCGUGACCGGUUUUUUCAAGGCCCUCGAGUCGUACGACCAACUGCUGUACAACGCCCUGCGCGACAAGGCAACGCCGAAGCCGGACGAGGUCGAGGCCCGCAUUCAGGACCUGUAUACGGCAUUUGACCGAUUAUUAGCAACGGUCCCUUCGGACAUCUUGGACCAAGCCAACCGUGUGCUCGAGGUUGCGGCCGCGAAGGCAGCAACAGGCGCGGUCGACGCAAGUUUCAGCAGUGCUGGCCCUGUUCCAAAUGGUGGAGCUGGCGCGCCUGUUGUUGAUGACGAGGCGGCCGAGCUGGUGAUGCUAUUGCGCUGA